AUGUCUCCUGCUGUGUCUUUAUCUCUCUCACACCCAUUCUGCAAGUCUCAGGACCUUCCCAAAAGUACUAGCAGAAAAAACCCAUGUCAGAAAACACCUUCAGACAUCAAACUCAGUAGGAGAAAGCUAUUGAAUUCCACUGGUUUGGGCCUCGUAGGAGGAGGCCUCUCUGUUGCGCAGUCUGCAAGAGCUGAGCCAGAGAGCCCAGUUGAAUCCACUUCAAGCAGAAUGUCAUACUCAAGAUUUGUGCACUACUUGGAUGAAGGUGCUGUAAAGAGGGUAGACCUCUUUGAGAAUGGGACUGUUGCAAUCGCCGAGAUCUUCAAUCCAACACUAGACAAAAUCCAGAGGGUCAAAAUUCAGUUACCCGGAUUACCACAAGAAUUGCUGAGGAAAAUGGAAGAGAAGAACGUAGACUUUGCGGCUCAUCCAUUGGAAAUCAACCAGUGGCCUGCAAUACUCGAUUUGUUGGGGAAUUUCGCUUUUCCAUUGAUAUUGCUCGGCUCUUUACUGCUUAGAACAUCAUCUACAAACACUACAGGAGGCCCCAACUUGCCGUUUGGGCUCGGAAGGAGCAAAGCAAAGUUUCAAAUGGAACCCAACACAGGAGUGACAUUCGACGAUGUUGCUGGCGUUGAUGAAGCAAAGCAAGAUUUUCAAGAGAUUGUCGAGUUCUUAAAAACCCCAGAAAAGUUUGCUGCAGUCGGAGCGAGAAUUCCCAAAGGAGUUCUUUUGGUUGGGCCACCUGGGACUGGAAAGACGUUGUUGGCGAAGGCAAUUGCCGGAGAAGCAGGGGUUCCUUUCUUUUCUCUAUCUGGGUCGGAGUUCAUUGAGAUGUUUGUUGGUGUAGGGGCUUCAAGAGUGAGAGACUUAUUCAACAAGGCAAAGGCCAAUUCGCCAUGCUUGGUUUUCAUUGAUGAGAUAGAUGCCGUAGGGAGGCAGAGAGGAACAGGUAUUGGUGGAGGGAACGAUGAAAGGGAACAAACACUGAAUCAGCUGCUUACCGAAAUGGAUGGCUUUAGUGGGAACAGUGGAGUGAUUGUCAUCGCCGCCACAAACCGACCGGAAAUUCUUGAUUCGGCUUUGCUUAGGCCGGGGAGGUUUGACAGACAGGUGGCUGUUGGAUUACCGGACGUGAGAGGGAGAGAAGAAAUAUUAAAGGUGCAUGGCAACAACAAGAAGCUUGAUAAGGACGUUUCUCUCAGUGUUAUUGCCAUGCGAACGCCAGGGUUCAGCGGGGCAGACCUUGCAAAUCUUAUGAAUGAAGCUGCCAUUCUAGCAGGCAGGAGAGGCAAGCAGAAAAUUACAAUGAAAGAGAUUGACGACUCUAUUGAUCGGAUUGUGGCAGGAAUGGAGGGAACCAAAAUGACAGACGGGAAGAGUAAAAUUCUAGUGGCUUAUCAUGAAAUUGGUCACUCUGUGUGCGCGACGUUGACUCCAGGCCAUGACCCAGUACAGAAAGUCACUCUGAUCCCAAGGGGUCAAGCCCGUGGCCUGACUUGGUUCAUGCCAGGUGAAGACCCUGCUCUCAUCUCUAAGCAACAACUUUUUGCUAGAAUUGUUGGAGGUCUUGGAGGUCGUGUGGCUGAGGAAGUGAUUUUCGGAGAAUCGGAAAUUACAACAGGUGCAGCCGGAGACUUGCAACAAAUUACUCAGAUAGCAAGACAGAUGGUGACAAUGUUUGGCAUGUCCGAUAUCGGGCCGUGGGCAUUGACUGAUCCGGCAGUGCAAAGCGGCGAUGUGGUACUAAGGAUGCUAGCCAGGAACUCCAUGUCGGAAAAGCUUGCAGAAGACAUAGAUUCAUCGGUACGAGGUAUAAUAGAAAGUGCCUAUGAGAUUGCAAAGAACCACAUAAGGAACAACCGUGAGGCCAUUGAUACGCUGGUGGACGUGCUGGUGGAGAAGGAAACCCUCACAGGAGAUGAAUUCAGGGCAAUCCUGUCCGAAUUCACCGACAUUUCUGCAAUUAAGAUUGCUUCAAUCCCUGUCCGGGAGAUGAUGGAAGCGUAG